CUGGCACGUCUUUUUCUGCUCUAUUCUUUUCCUUCCUGCUUAAAUUCAACCAAGCCAAUACUGUAUUUCGACGACUCCAGAGGAAUGGCGCCCAAUUCGUCAAGGGACUCGUCGCGAUAUGACGACGAGGUUGACCCUGCGGGCUUUUUCCAGGAAACUAGCGGACCCUCGAAGGCGCGCAAGAUCAGCAAGCCCAGCACCUCUGCGGGCUCCAGCGUCUCCGUCCACGACGCACAUGAGCUCGGCUAUGUGCCGAAGCGCUCCCAGAAGGAAGUGCGCAGUGCUGCUGCCCAUGGUCGUCUCACAGGGUCAAACCCCACCGACCCGUCGCUUCAGAUCCCCGAAGGAGCCCCCAACUGUCUGGAGGGCAAAAAGUUUGAUGCAGAGGACCUAAUCAAGCGGUACGGCGGACAGGUUGUUGGUUCGCCCGGCGCCACCAAGGUCAACAAGGCUAAGGCCGUGGGCACACCAGUGCUGUACUUGGACAGCCUUCUUGAGAUGGUUCGCGAGCAGCUGGCGGACACUCCGACUAGUGCCGAUGAGGAUGAGAUGGAGGUCGAUGAAGAGAAGGUUAUUGGGUUCCCGGCCAGCGAUAUGCCGACUCUGAGCAAGAAGACCUUCAACUACUCCAAGAUGAAGGCUGGUAAUGCCGCGCUGAACCCGGGCUCGAAGGAGGUCCCUGCGGGUCGGCCAGGGUGCUUUGAGGGAAUGACGUUUGUGGUCACUGGCAACCUUGAGUCGCUGAGCCGCGAGGAGAUGGAGGAUUUGAUCAAGAGCUACGGCGGACGUGUGACCAAGAAUGUCAGCAGUAAGACCAGCUACCUGGUUGUUGGUGAGGAGCCAGGGCCAAGCAAAGUCGAGAAGGCCAAGGUGUUCAAGACGUGGUGCCUGAGUGAGGACGAUGUGCUGGAGCUGAUCCGUGCCCUGCCGCAGCGGAUGGACCAUGCGCCCGCCGUAAAGUCUGAGACCAGCUUCAGCGAGCCAGAGGCCAUCGAUAUGGCUGAUGAGCCUAAUGUGAAGACUGAGCCUGGCCCAAGUGCGCCUGCAGGCAGGGGAGCAAGCAGCAGUGCUAGCAAGGGCAAGGAGCGCAUUACCUGCAGCCUUCCUGUGCCGGGUGUGGCCAGGACUCCAGCAAACUCGGAGCUGUGGACAGACAAGUACAAGCCCAAGAGCCUGGAUGACCUGUGUGGCCACAAGACGCAGGCGCAGGAACUCAUCAAGUGGCUUGGAAAAUGGGCCGAGGGGUAUAUCACUGAUCCUCGCGCUGUCCUGAUCUCUGGGCCGCCCGGAAUCGGCAAGACCACCGUCGCCCAUCUGGCGUCGAAGAUAGCCGGAUUCGACGUGCUUGAGCUCAACGCCUCGGAGCAGCGCAACAAGAAAUCCCUGCAGGAGGCCCUAGGCCCAGCGAUCGGCAACCGCAGCAUCCGCGAGUUCGACCAGCAUGCGCUGAGCAAGCUCGAGCACGACAAUGAUGAGCUGAACCCGGCGGACAAGAAGGCAGCCGGACAAAGCGGCAGGAAGAAGCUGGUCAUCAUCAUGGACGAGGUUGAUGGCAUGUCGGGCGGUGACCGUGGCGGCAACGCCGAGCUGAUCCAGCUCAUCAAGCGCACCAAGGUCCCCAUCAUUUGCAUCUGCAACGACCGCAGCUCACCCAAGGUGCGCACGCUGGCCAACUACUGCAAUGACAUGAAGUUCCGGCGGCCGUCAGCGGCGCAGAUGCAAGGGCGGAUGAAGGCCAUUGCCAAGAGGGAGAAUCUGCAGGUUGAGGAUAACGCGCUGCAGCAGCUGGUGGCGUCGACGCAGAACGACAUCCGCCAGAUCAUCAACCUGCUGUCGAGCUACGCGCUCAAGAGCUCGUCCAUGUCGUACCUCGACGGCAAGGCGUACGCAGCCAUGAACAAGAAGGAAGUGGCUGUCGGCCCGUUCGACAUCAUUGGCAAAUCGACCUGUAUUACCAACGACUUUUCGAUCACCCCGCUGUUUGUCCAGGAGAACUACAUUGACAACACGCCAAACACUGCGCGCACUGGCUCCAAGUCGCAGAAGGAGCUUGACCUGAGUACGCUAGACUGCCUGGCUGAGGCAUCUGACUACAUCUCGCAGGCGGAUGUCGUCGACAGCAAGAUCCGGGGAUCGCAGCAGUGGGGCCUGAUGCCGCUGCAUUCUGUGAUGUCAUGUGUGGGGCCGGCGUACCAUAUGCGCGGGUCUCACAACGGCAUGUACAGGUUCCCCGGCUGGCUUGGUCAGAACUCGAAGGGCGCCAAGACAGCGCGCCUGCUGCGCGAGAUCCAGGGCAACAUGCGGCUGCGUGUGUCUGUCGACAAGACCGAGAUCCGCAAGUCGUACAUCCCGGCCAUGGUGCCAGAGCUGACGCAGCCAUUGAUUGACAAGCACAUCGACGGCGCCGAUGCGGUUAUUGAGAUCAUGGACCACUACUAUCUGAACAAGGACAACUGGGACAGCAUGCUGGAGCUGCACCUCCACGGCACCGCAAUCCUGAAGCAAAUCCCGGCGCCGGUGAAGUCGUCGUUUACGCGCGAGUACAACAAGAGAUCGCACCCGAUCGCGUUCCAGUCGCAUGCAGGAGCGUCGGCAGCCCGGGCUGCAGCAUCAGCAGCCGCCAUCAAGCCUGACGACGAGGGCAUUGUCGACGAUGAUAUGGUGGAGGUUGAUGACGACGAAGACGACAGCGGCAGCGACGAGGAUGUGGCUAACGACAAGCUGAUCAAGCCGGCCAAGGCCAAGGGAAAGAGAAAGGCGCCGGCUGCGAGCAAGGCGUCGUCGUCCAAGAGAAAGACACCGGCCAAGUCCAAGGCCCGGAAGUGA